AUGCUAGACGGACCUCGGAUUACAGCUUUUAGGGAACCUCGUAAUUUUCGCAACGCCGAUUACACGGACCGGAAGGCCAUACGAUGGAAUCAUGUUCGGAAACGACGAACUUACUUGGAGAGCAUGUACCGCAUGCUCACAUGGAAUUUGGCCCAAGGCAAAGCCUCUCCAGCAUCCCUGUCACGCUUGCCAUACGAGAUACUCAGCAUGGUCUUUUACUAUCUGGUAGGACGAGAGGUGUGUGCCUGCCGUCUUGUGUGCAAGGAGUGGGAAGAGACCACUCGACCGUUUUUUGCCCAGCACUACCUUGAGCGCAGGUUGUUCUGGAUUACUGGCGCAAAUUUGGCUCGGCUGGAGAUGGCGGUUCAAAAGUUUGGACCUUGGAUGAAGUCGGUGGUCAUCGUGCCUGUCCACUUCACUCUUGAUGGUUUCAUCCAAGCCUUCCGGACCUAUCUCCACUAUCGAAGAGCUCCAGAUGCCGGGCCAAGGGCAGGUCUCUACGGUCACGAUGAUUCGAGAACCGCUUCAUGUAUAUCACCACAGAAGCAUGCACGAGUCGCCCGACGGCUGGAGUACUUCUCUCGCCCAGGCGCGUACUUCUAUAUCGGCAGGUGGAAUCGAGGCAUUGACGCUGGGCGGACAGAGACCCGUAUCUACCACGACCGAGCACAGGCCCACCGCUUCCUACGAAGCUAUGCCGCGGGCCUCCUCGCCCAGCCGUGGCUUCGUCUACGGCGACAGGAUGGUCCCAGGCUUGCAGCGGUGCAGCGCCAACUUCCACAUUGCAGGCUCCAAGUGCGAAGGCUUGACUUCUCCGCGCCGCAGCUGCAACACAACCGGGAGGUCCUCGGCGUGACCGCGCCAGAAUGGGGGGUGGAGCUGGCCCUCUUCUGCCCUGAUCAGACCUGGCUAUACGAUGUCGAUUACAGCCGGCAUGUAGCCACGAUCGUGGCGGAAGCAGUCGCUGCAUUUCCCCCCUUGGCCGCGUCGUCGUCUGACCAUCGAAUGAACCACACCUGGCGAAGCGACUCUAGCCUCGUUCAGUGA